AUGGAUAUCCGCAAUGGUGACAGCCACGUCCACGAUGGCGCGGACGGGUCUCAGACGCCGGAGCCGGACAAGGUCGCGUGUGAUGAUGACGUGGCCCCAUGGGAAAUCAAGGCAGACAUGUGGCGCCGCGUCUCUAUGAUGGUGCUGGACCGCGUGAAGCCCGAGUAUGGCGACCGCUGGGCGAGGAACGUGGGCUUCGAGCAGGCGUGGGAGACGUAUCCGCUUAGCGCGGUCGAGAAGGGAGGGACUGGGAUGGACUCCUGA